ACCCAAUUCCAAAGAUGAAGAAGAAGGUGACCAUGAGUGGCUGGUGAACACAACGCAAAUAGGAAUUAUAAAAUUAGUUCAUGCUCAUCUUCCAUCGCGGGUUACCGUAACAUUGCAGCAUUUUACACAUGUCGGUGAAAGAGUCACAUAACGAGAAUUUGAGGCAUAUCUUUAGAGAUUGCAGUCGGUUGAACCUGCCUGGGGAAGGAAUCGAAGGUUUUCAACAAGGGUAGGCGUUUGAUAACUCUAGCAGCGUUUAAGGGAUAUCAGCGGUAGCCUUGUCUUCAUAGCUAUCGAUAAAAGCAUACAGUGGCCAUGGACUUGCAAAAUAAAGAUAUCCUUCCCAGAGAGAUUCUGCCAGUUGUUGUCAUCGGAAUGAAGAGGAACUCCGCUCGCUCCCAAGGCUGCGCGUGUGACUGAGCUCAUGCCUUAUUUUGGGACACCUGAUACAAUCAGCUCUUAUUCUCUCCCCAGUCACAGUAGAAGCAUGAAACAAGGUAACGGCCCCUCGGGCAUCUGCCUGUCAUAUCUGUUGUCAGGUUACACCCCCUACCUAUCUCCAGAGGGCACUCACCCUAACCCCCUACUGCAAGGCAAGCUGGAUCAACAGCCUCAUUUGUCACUGUUGGAGCUGGACCUGGAGUACCUGUGUGAGGGACUAGAGGGCCGCUCCUCCAACCCCGUGGCUGUGCUGUUUGACUCCCUGCUCCUGCCCGACAGUGACUUUGGGCUGGACCAUGCCUCACCUCUGCUUUGGCGCUACGAACCGGAGCGGGCCACCCCACACCUGGUGCUUGGCAAAGGACCCCCAGGAGGAGCCUGGCAUGCGAUGGAAGGCUCCAUGCUCACUCUUAGCCUAGCUAACUGGAUGGAACUGCCCGGCCUGAAGCUUAAGGAGUGGAUGAGAGAAAAACGCAGGAAUGUCCGUAACGACAGGGCCACCCCCGCCGAGAUCGCCUCCUACUACCAGCACUAUGUCAACCAGAUGGGCCUGGAGGACAGCUUCGCCUGCGGCACCACCGUCACCUCCAUACAGAGGGUGAACUGCGAGGGGGCCAGCGGCCGUCCCUUUUGGAAAGUCCAGGGAACCCAGAAGAGGGAGGCUGACGAGCUGGGGGAAGGAAGUCUGUCAGAGGUCCCCUUUAUAGUGUGCGCAGACUACGUGGUUCUGGCCACGGGCACCCAUGACAUCCCGGCCCGUCUGGGCGUGGAAGGCGAGGGUCUCCCCUUCGUGUGCCACAGCUUCUGGGAGCUGGAGGCAGCAAUCUCCAGAGGCCAGCUGGACCACACCUCAGACCCGGUACUGGUGGUGGGAGCCGGGCUGACAGCGGCCGACGCUGUCCUGGCAGCUCACCACCUCAACACGCCUGUGUACCACGCCUUCCGGCGCUCGGUCACCGACCCAGGCCUCAUCUUCAACCAGCUUCCCAAGCUCCUCUACCCUGAGUACCACAAGGUGCACCAGAUGAUGACCCAGCAGCAGCAGCAUGGCCAAGACAUCCCCAGCUCUGGGGGAACGGGCACCCCGGUGGACCAACAGGAAAACAACACCGCCUCCAUGUCUACUGGCUCCUACCCAGGCUACGUCAGUCUGCCAAAACACCGGGUGGUGGCCUUCAAGCCUGACAGGAAGUGCGUGCUGGAGGGGGAGGACGGACGUCGCACCGUGCUGCAGGUCUCCAUGGUCCUGGUGCUGAUUGGCGCCCACCCCAACCUGUCCUUCCUUCCUGAGAACGGACGGCCCCUCGGUCUCAACCCCCAGGAGCCAAUCACGUGCCGGCGGAACCCCCUGGAAGUUGACCCAUACACGUAUGAGUUGGUGUCAGAGGGGGGGCUGUACGCCAUGGGGCCUCUAGUUGGGGAGAACUUUGUCCGCUUCCUCAAGGGGGGUGCUUUAGCCAUCGCUAGCGACCUCGCCAAGAAGCAGCGGGCCAAGGAGGAGAAUCGCACCACCCUGCGUGUGUCCUAGACUCCUAGGGGUUAAGGGUUGCGACAGGAGUAAACUGCUCCUAAGGCCUGUUGUUGUUAUUAUUGUUAUUAUUAUUAUUAUUAUUAUGAAGGCUGGACUGGGCUUGUCAGCUCAGGCUAAAAGACUGAAGCGCAAUCUGUGACAAUAUGACCUGCACCAGUCCCAAUAUUCCUCAAAGGACAUUGCCACUCUCUCUGGCUCCGCUGAGAGAAUAAUUCAAUCUUUUUACCAGGGCAGGAGAGUAGGUCGGGUUGAUGUGUAGCUAAUCAUAUGGUGCAAGGGUAGAAUCCAAUGUCCUUAUAGAGUACCACAGUAUGAGCCAUAAUACCCAUAGAACAUAGCGGUCAAACAGGUGAAUGGUUCCAAUAGUUUUUACACCGUUCAUUUUUCCCAUAGGGGAUUUUAGAAAUACUUAAAAUAAGGGCUGUGUUUCCUGUAGGCUUACCCUGGCGUAAUGUUUUGAUAACUGUGUAAAUCUCUCUCGGACAAGGUGACUUUUAUCAAUUGAAAUGCUAAUUAGCUCCUAAUGUGGCUAUCAUAAAGAACUAUAAAUGCCAUUAUUAUCUGGAUGAGACUGACUCGAGGCAAAGGUAAGAAUAUCUGGAUGAACUAUCUGUUAGCUAAAUGUAGUAAUUAAGUAAUUGGCAAAAUGUAUUUAAAUGGACAAUUAUGUGAACUGGCUUGUGUAAUUUUAAAUUGACACAAUACCUCUUAGCAAAGGUGUCAGAGAUUUGUAGUUUUGCAUUAUGUCUGCUUUGAUGCGAAUUAGCAUUUUCGAAUCAGUAAAUGGGACCUAAUAUAUUGAUAAAAGUCACCUUGUCCUACGCCAAUGUAAGCCUACACGAAACACAGCACUUAUUUUAAGUGUUUCUAAAAUCCCCUAUGGGAAAAAUGUAUGGUGGAAAAACAAUUGGAGCCAUUUCCCUGUUUGACCACUAGAUUUUAUGGGUAUUAUGACACCUCCACUGGGCGCUAUUUGGUUCCUCAUCAAGUAUGCUAGCCGUAUACUACAAAUGUAGUUUGAGUUAGCAAGGUAACUCUUGAGUUCAACUUGGGAUAACCGGUACCACGAAAGUGGCUCACCUUUUAGCCAGGUAAAUGUUCUAUGGCCACGAAUCCUUCAGAACUAACCUGCUCCGGGGCAGGUUAACUCGGGUCUAACUACAUUUACCCUGAAUUAAGUGUCUUAGCCACGAGUUGAGGACCAAGAAAAUCAGAUUCCCUCACUCUCGCCAAGAUUGCGUUAUCAUCCACUUAAUUUGAGGAAGAUGACUGAUUUUUAAAUAUUUAUUCAUCAAUAGAUAUUUUAAAAUUACUAUUUUAACAAAAACAAUCACAUUACACAUUAAGUAAUGACAAAUGCAUUUGAAACUUGACGCACAGUAAAACCUUUUAUAACUUAAUUCAAUUAUUUUAUUGAUGGGAGUCUGGAAUAAAGGUGCUAGUGCAUUGAUAACCACAGCAAAGUAAUAAAAUAAAGACGGCACUCCUAAAAGUCUAUUUCACACAACAGCCUGCUGAAUUUGCUUAACUUUUCGGCACAAAUUAAAAUGGCACUGACUUGCCCAUGGAUUGAUGUUUCUGCAUUGUCUCAAUGAAGAGUUCACCGUUCAACUAGCCACGAGCGACAUGCAGUUAUAAGCUUGCUAGAGUUCGCGGCAGACGGAACAGCAAUAUCCACCGUCAUAGUACGGAUGAAGCCUGAGCUGAAAUGGGAAAACCCUGUGUAGCUAUAGGUUGCUUUGUUGUAUACCCCUCUUGUUAAUGUUUGAAAACUCAAACGCCAACGUAACUUCUCAGCUAAAUCUUUGAGAUUAACUCUUUUGUUGCAUUGGUUUUCCAUUGUAAAUCAAUUUUGAAAGUGUAGAAACACAUUACAUUUACCAUGCCAUGACGUUUGAUGGAUUCUCUGAAAUGAGAAUGGUAUCUGUGUCUAUAUUAGCAUCUUUCACAAACGAGAACUCAAGCUUGCCAAGCUGAGUUUUUUGUUGUUGUAUCAUUCCUGGUAGUUUUUCAAUCUGUUAGACCUUAAAUGUAGCUGUUUAUUCUAUUUUUUUUAAACCAGACGAUAAGUUUAAGGGGGGGCUAUUCCCUUGAUUUAUUUGCAGUAAAAACUUAAAAGUAAUAUGUUUGAAUUAAGAAUUACAGGGUCAGUUUAUCACCAUGAUCAGGCUCAAUUUGAGACUAGGAUAAUUAGGCAAUCUAUGUUUAAGGCCCAUAUGCAUUCUCACCAAUCUGGGGUGACUUUCCUGAAAGCUUUGUAGCCAAUGUUGUAUUUUAUUUAUCUUGACAACCCAGACACCACUCGUAAUUCGUUCACAUACAGAUUGACUACUAAAUGUUGCUACUUUCUCACUGAUAUGGGUCUGGGUGGUGGAGAAGGUGUACUGUCAGCUAUUAAGCUUCAGGGAAACGCACCUAUUUUUAUCAUCCAGAGAGAAUUGUCAUUUUGUGCUAUCUGUUUUCUCUUGUACAUGUUUGUCCAGAUGGUGCCUUGGCCAAUUGCAUACUCUGAGCUUCUGUUACUGCCCCAGCAGCAUUUGAUCUCGAGCCAGUGCCUUAAGACACAUUGCUAUUACCAAACUGGAAAUGUAUAAACUUAUCAUACAACCACUAGGUGGCCACAUCAAAUAUUAUAUUAUUCCACAGGUGUACAAAAAGUGUAUUGAAGGCCUAUAAUGUUCUUGUAAAGUUGUGGGGCCAUGUAUUAAGACAUCCUUAAGAGACAAUAUUCAUAUGCCAACCAGAAACAGUUUAAACGUCUAAUUGAAUCUAGUUGAGAAACUAGAGUUACAAAUGCAUUCAAAGCAGCGCACUAUUGACAGUCUCUUUCAAGGCAACAUAGUUGGUUUCAUAUGGCUCCUUAGCACUUGCUACACAAGGCAGUAAGACCAAUGACCCACUGGUCUUUUCCAUGCCAGAUGUUUGUUCUGUCUUACAUUUUAAACCAUUACACAAUGUUAAGUACUUCUUAAAAAUAAAUGUAAAAUACUUUUUUUUUCGUCAUUCAUUCAUGGUCUCAGACAAUCAUUUUGAAAUCCACAGAACCCUGACCGAUCAAUAGAAAAGAGACCAGAUGCAAUAUUUUCAGAGAAUCUAAUAUUGUUUUUGUCCACAUUUCCUAUAAAUUGUUCUUCACCACUGUAACCAAAUUCUGAGAGUUGUGGAUCAUUGGUAAUGUUUAUUUUUGGAAAAUGUCCAUUCAAAAAGUUUGAUAGGUGGCUAUCAUGACUUCACUUGAGUGUUCUUUUCCAUGUUGAUAUACAUGCACUACAAAUGCAGGAUUUUCUAUGGAUCCUUUGUAUUAAAUAUACUAUUUUCAACAAA